AUGAGCCCACUCUUGAACUUUCCUAAGGAUCUUGCCAUGCCAACUUCACUCUUCUCAAACAUGCAAAGACUAAUGACUUUUGUUUUGAUUCUUGGUUUUGUUUCACCAUGUUUGUGUGUGAGGUCGAGACUUAGUACCGAAACAAAUACUUACAAUGUGAUAGACUAUGGUGCUCAUGGUGAUGGCAAAUCUGAUGAUUCUGGGGCUUUUCUAAGUGCGUGGAAAGACACAUGUGGAGCACAACAAACACCAACCCUAGUUAUACCACCAAAAGGAGAAUUCUUGCUAAAUUACAUAACCCUCAAUGGUCCUUGCAAUGCCCCAAGUGUUAAUAUUCAGCUUCAAGGGAAAAUAGUUGCAGCUGGGAAGAAUGAGUGGAUUAAAGUGUCAGAAAUCAAAAACCCUAAAACAAAAGGUCUCACAAAUGAAACGUCCAAUUUGAUUGUAAUAUCAAACGUAACUAAUCUCUCAAUUGAUGGAAGUGGAGGUUCAAUCGAUGGCUACGGUUCUACUUGGUGGAAUUGCCAUGCUUGCGAACGACCAACGAUUCUGAGAUUCAAAUUUUGUAAUGAUCUUACUGUUAGCAAUCUGACCAUCACUAACAGCCCAAAAGCUCACAUAAGAAUAAAUAGUUGUGAGAAUGCCACAUUCUCUGAUAUCAGCAUUCGUGCUCCUGGUGACAGUCCCAACACUGAUGGAUUCGACAUUUACACUUCCAAAAACAUUUUGAUUCAAAAUUCCACUAUACAAUGUGGUGAUGAUUGCAUAGCCAUCAGUGGUGGCUCUUCCAACAUCAGUGCUACUGGAAUUUCUUGUGGACCAGGCCAUGGAAUAAGCAUUGGCAGCCUGGGGAGAAACAAAGCGUAUGAUACAGUGGAAGAAGUUCAUGUAAAAAAUUGCACUUUCACAAACACUGAAAAUGGAGCAAGAAUUAAGACAGUCCCGGGUGGAUCAGGUUAUGCAAGAAAGAUCACUUUUGAGAACAUCACAUUAAUAGAUUCUGACAACCCAAUAAUUAUAGAUCAGUACUAUGGAAGUUAUGGAAAAGCAGAGAGUGGAGCAUUGAAUGUGAGCGAUGUGGUAUUCCGUGGAUUUAGUGGCACAUCUGCAAAGGAGAAAGCUAUCACGCUGAAUUGCUCUCCAUCAGGUUGUUUCGACAUUGUAUUGGAUCAUGUUGACAUUGUCUCUUCUAAACCUGGAAAACCAGCUUCUUGUUCUUGCAAUAAUGCUCAUGGGAAAGCUACAAACACUGUUCCAGAAUGUUCUUUAUCGUCAUAA